AUGGAAAACCAGUCCAUUGUCUCUGAAUUUUUCCUACAAGGAAUAUCAGGAUUUCCAGAGCAACAGCAGCUACUCUAUGGACUUUUUCUAUGUAUGUAUCUUGUCACCUUGACUGGGAAUGUACUCAUCAUUCUGGUCAUUGGCUCUGACCCACACCUUCACACUCCUAUGUACUUCUUUUUGGCCAACCUGUCCUUUGCUGACAUGGGUUUAAUAUCAUCUACAGUGACCAAGAUGUUGUUUAAUGUUCAGACUCAGCGUCAUACCAUCUCCUAUACUGGUUGUCUCACACAGAUGUAUUUCUUCCUGAUGUUUGGUGAUCUGGACAGCUUCUUCCUGGCUGUGAUGGCCUAUGAUCGCUAUGUAGCUAUCUGUCACCCCCUCCACUAUUCCACAAUCAUGAGGGCCCGAGUCUGUGUCUUGAUGCUUGCCCUGUGCUGGGUUCUCACUAACAUAGUUGCCCUAACUCAUACUCUCCUCAUGGCUCGACUGUCCUUCUGUGUUGUUGGGGAAAUAGCUCACUUUUUUUGUGACAUUACUCCUGUUCUGAAGCUCUCAUGCUCUGACACUUAUGUCAAUGAACUCAUGGUUUUUGCCUUAGGAGGUACAGUGCUCAUGCUCCCUUUUAUAUGUAUUGUUAUCUCCUAUAUCCACAUUGUAUUUGCCAUCCUGAGGGUUCGAACCCCUGGUGGGGGUACAAAGGCAUUUUCUACCUGUAGCUCCCACCUUUGUGUUGUCUGUGUUUUCUAUGGAACACUCUUCAGUGCCUACCUGUCCCCUCCCUCUGUCGUCUCUACAGAAAAAGAUAUUGCAGCUGCUGCAAUGUAUACUGUGGUAACUCCCAUGUUGAACCCCUUCAUCUACAGCCUAAGAAAUAAGGACAUGAAAGGGGCCCUAAAGAGACUCCUUUUUCAUAGGAGAAUUUUAUCUUCUUAA